AAAAGUCUUAAACUCAGAGUUGUAGCACGAUGUAAAGAGCUAGAAGAGAACUUGAUGGACUGGGUCCACUGUAAUGGCUGUUACCUCUCACCUCCAUCUAAGGAGUACAAAUUCCUCCUCACCAGUUGCGGUCAUAUAUUCUGUACUAAAUGUUACAACGCCCCUAAACUACCCUGCUUGGUUUGUAAGAACAAAUGUAUGAUAACACCCCUUCGUCCUAACAUGAGUCCAGAUGUUCAGUUGUUCUUUAUGGAUCCGCUGGAGGUGGCUGCUAAGCUCCACAAGCAACUCCUCAAAGUUUUGGACUUUCAAAAAACACAGCGAAAACGCUUGACAGCGUACAGAAUAAACAACAUAAAGAAAAGUCAAUCAACAGUAACUGGUAUGCAGCAGGAGCUCAAACGACUUACAAACGAGAAUAAACAACUCAAAUCUCUCCUGGCGCAAGCUAAAGAGAACAGAAUGCCAGGGACAGGGUCUCGGCGCCCCUCUCCAUUUGGGAGCGGUGCCCCCACACCUGCAUGCAGGGGUAAAGCCCCCUCGCCUGCUAACAGUGCAGAUAGAAGGAUGAGAGAAUCUCCGGCCGGCCGGACGACCACAGUACAGUAACAGUUUCGCCCAAGUGCUGGGUAGCAGGAUUACACCCCCUCCCCCUAUAUUCCAGACGCCGAGAACGACCCCCUCGCCCCGUAGUUUAGAAGACUGCAAACGUUCAGUAGAGUACAACUCAAAACGGCAAUAUAAGAGCUACACAGGAAAUACGUCCAGGUAGCUUGUUUGCAUCAAAAUGAAGAUGGCAACAAAUGCACGUUGGUGCUCGGAAAUGAAUACUGGUUUCGCACUGAUACAAAAUAAAAACAAUAGUCGUAGCGCGCAAAGUUCGCGCUUCUGAAAACUAGCCAAACUACUAGCAGACAUUGUCAUGAAUUGUGUGCAAAGGAACUUAUUUUACACUCACCGUGACAGUUUGAUCGUGCCGCGCGCUUUAGAUUGUUAAAUCAAAUCACAUGUUGACGAAUUAUUGAAGUAUUCCAUAUUUUUAUCAAAAUUCACAACCAUCAUUCGAUGACACCGUUGAUACAAAUAAGAGUUUUGAAUUUAGAUCUAAUGUACAUGAUCCACCAGUUGUAAGUUGUUCGCAAGAAACUAGAAAUUAACUAUCCUUUUUACAGCGGAUUGCUCUGAUGUUUAAAACUUAAUAAUCUACCAGAAAUUCGAUGAUUUAUUGAUCAUUGACUGUCUGAUGUUUGUAUCAUUGAUGCUUUCAGUUAUAGCAAACUCUUCAGAACCUAUCACUUGAAUCAAAUCAAAUUCCAAUAAGAACAUAAAUGAUCAUCGUUUCGGUAAUCUUCAUUCUUCAAGACUGAAUUUCUGCUCUGUAAGUGUGCAUCUCUUCGAUCAUGCGUGUCAAAGUUUCUAUUUUGGAUUCUAAACUUUCAACUUUUUUCUGGAUAACACUGCUUUUAUCUCUGAAAAUAAAAAUUAUUGUACAUACAAUAUCAAAUAUGAAAUAGGGCGAACUGGAUAUUACGGCCGAAGACAGUGAACAGUCCUACUUGACAUUCUCAAAAGGGUGAAAAGUUCCUUGAAAUAUCACUAGCCGAACCAGACAUCGCACUAUUGAUAAAUAUAGUAAUACUGAUUAUACAAUUUAACUUGAUUUGAUUUUAGAUUUAGCUUGUAAUCGUCAAUCUUUUUUAUUAGCUUAAUAAUUAUCUAGAGUUACUUCAAUUACUUCAUGAUCAUUAAUUUAAAUCAAACAUUCGAUAUUAUUGAAAGCUUUGAAACAUUUUCAAAAGUUUAAAAAUACGAAUUUAUGCGAAUAUGCAUAGAUUGACGAAUACUAGCUCAAUUUAAAAGCAAAUUAAAUUAUUGCACAUUACACAAAUCGUCAGUGGUACUGUGACCAUGUGAUCCGUCAUGCUGUCCCCCCUUUUAGGAAAGGCGUUGUGUCUUAAACCCGAAAUACAAUAAACAUUUUGAUGAAACUGUUUGUUAAUAAAAAUUUAUUAGUUAUGCUGUUUUACAUAAUUCAUGUUUGGUUGAUUUAUUAUUGAUUAUGAUUUUCAAAAUUUGUUUGUAAUACAUUUAUAAGUUUUGAAUUAAUUUCUAUGUUUAUUGAC